GUUGGUCAAGCGUCAGUGACGUGUUUUCAUGAUGGCGAUGUCCUUGUUACAAUGGGUGGCAGUGUCGGUUACUUGUUGACUACGUUAUUGUGAAUAAAUGAGAGUUUCCAUACAGCGGUGCGUUUCCUGUGAUUUACCCCGACGGACACAUGUUAAAGCAAAGUGCAGCUGGACCAUCUUCUGUUGCUUCUCCUCAACAAAUGAAGGACACUAAGGAGACCUCCUUGAUGAUGGGUCAGUCAGUUUUAGACCAUAUCAAGCCAUGUUGGUACUGGGACAAGAAGGAUUUGGCUCAUACACCAUCUCAGUCUGAGGGCCUAGACCCUGCUACAGAAGCUAGAUAUCGUCGGGAAGGAGCCCGCUUCAUAUUUGAUGUGGGGACAAAGCUUGGCCUGCACUAUGAUACGCUGGCAACUGGUAUCAUAUAUUUCCACCGCUUCUACAUGUUUCACUCCUUCAAGCAGUUCCCCAGAUAUGUGACCGGCGCUUGCUGUCUAUUCCUGGCUGGAAAAGUGGAAGAGACGCCGAAGAAGUGUAAAGACAUCAUUAAAACUGCUCGCAGUUUAUUGAAUGAUGUGCAAUUCGCACAGUUUGGCGAUGACCCUAAGGAAGAGGUGAUGGUGCUAGAGAGAAUUUUGCUGCAGACAAUCAAAUUUGACCUGCAGGUGGAGCACCCCUACAUGUUCCUGCUGCGCUAUGUCAAGCAGCUCAAAGGUGAUAAAAGCAAGGUCUGCAAGGUGCUGCAAAUGGCGUGGACGUUUGUCAACGACAGCCUGUGCACCAUGCUCUCUCUACAGUGGGAACCGGAGAUCAUUGCAGUAGCUGUCAUGUACUUGGCCGGACGCCUCUGUAAAUUUGACAUCCAGGAGUGGACCGCUAAGCAGUCAUCACGUCGCUGGUGGGAACAGUUUGUCCAGGAUGUUCCAGUUGAGCUGCUUGAAGAAAUUUGCCAUCAGAUCCUCGACCUUUACUCUCAGGGCAACAAGCCCAUCCCUCAGCAAAUGCAGGAGAAGGAUCGACCUCCCAUCCCUGCAAUUCCGGCUCCUCCUAUUCCACAGGGACCACCACCAGUGUCCAACCCUCCUCCCCCACCACCUAAAAAGACGUCUCCACAGAGUGGCAGCCCUGCACGUUCACUCAAACGACCACAUUCACCCCCCAAAGAUGAACCUAAACCUCCAGAACAACCUGGGUCGAAGAUUCCUACCCUGGAGAGCCCCUUACCACCUCUGCCUACAACGCAGCCCCCCUCAGCAGAGCGAAAAGCUCCAGUUCCAGCUCCUCCAGCAGAAGCAGAACCUGGAAGUGAAGCUGCUCCUCCACCACCCCAUGCUCCACCACCACACCAACCGCCUCCCUUGCCGCACCGCCCUCCCCCUCCUCCACCCUCUAACUACAUCAUGUCCACCACCAGCUCCUACAUGUCUGGUGAAGGCUAUCAGAACCUACAGUCCAUGAUGAAGACUGAGGCUCCCACUUACGCCCCAAUGCCUCCCAGCUAUGCUCCACCGAUUCCACCAUACCAUCCCCAUGUCUACCCACCGCCUUCAGCACCACCUCCCGGGCCCCCUCCUCCUCCAUCUACAUACCCACCACCUAGCCUCCCUCCAACCUACCCACCUCCAGGUUACAACAGUUACCCUCCGCCACCUCCCCGCAUGCCACCAGGCCAUGUUCCUCCUCCAGGAAUGGGCCUCCCACCUACAGGGUACCCUCCUCCACCUCCUGUCCCUCCAGGGCAGACACAGGUCCCCUUGCCUCCUCCACCUGGUAUGCCCUUGAAUCGUGGUGGUUGGAUGAGAUGAGAUGAGCUGAUCGUGCCACAAAAGACUCUGAAGUGAGGCUGUUGUGGAGAAGCGCCCUUUUGACAGAGAACAGCCCAGGAUCUUUUGUUAUUUUGGUACAAACGGUGACUACUUCCGUCUAAGGCUUUUGAAGAAAAAAAGCUCAUCACCAUUUCGACUUGGCAGAAAAAGAUCCGUACAGUGUUGUAAUGACAACACAGUCAGUGUUCAAAGUGUGCAGGAAAGUUCUGUAGUAACUCUUUGUACAAGACGUGUACUUGUGUGCUCAAUAAUGCAUCAUAUUUGUUAGGGGAAUGUGCUUGAAAAUGGAUUCACCGGGGAUUUUUUUUUUGUUAUGAAGUGUUUUCCUUCACUCAUUAAAGAACUACAAGCAAACUUUUUUUUAAGUCAGUGGUCAAAACUCAUAGACAUUGUUUCAACAUUUAGUCAACAUCAAUCCUGAUAUUUCGAAAACAAGACUUUCCUAACUCUGGUCCACAUCACUGUUUUACAUUAAGUUCUCCAGUCACCUUGGGUUUUGUCUGGGAUCGUAGUGUCUAAGAUCAUGGUGGGCUUUCUAUGUGAAAAAGCCUGCUACUGCGUACGAUUGAAGGCAAACGUGUUGAAUGGACACUAUUCAAAUGUUCUGUAUAAUGUUUUCUAAUGCUUCAUUCCACUCAAUUAUAUUGGAUCACUGAGAUAAUGUUGGCCAGACAUUCUUACAAACACAGGAUGUUUUUCAGUUGAUAACACAUUAUUUUUCACACUGGAGUUACAGUUAAAGGAACUUGUGUUCAUAUCUGUCAUUUAACUUGUGGACAGGUUUAUGAUUUUUACAGAUUUUAUAUUAUUUUUUUGUUCGUGUGUGCCUUAGUCAGGUCUUUGCUGUAUUCUCCCUGUACAAGAAUUUGUAUGUAUGUCCAGAACAAAACAAUAAACUCUUUACAGCAAAAUACAUCA